AUGCCGGACCGCAACGCGGCGCCGCUGGGCCGCGGGAGAGGCGCGGGAGGGGGAGCGGGGGGAGCGGAGGAGGAGGAGGAGGAAGAGGAGGAGGAGACGGGGAAGGAGAAAAAGGAGGUUAAAUACGACGAGCAUCAGAAAUUCGACGAGUUUGAAGGGAACGAUAUGGGGCUGUUCGCGACGGGGGAGUAUGACGAGGAUGAUAAAGACGCGGACGCGAUUUGGGAUAGCGUCGACGAGCGCAUGGACGAUCGGCGGCGCGACCGGCGCGACGCGCGGCUGAAGGAGGAGAUCGAGAAAUACCGCGCUUCGAACCCGAAAAUCACGGAGCAAUUCGCAGAUCUGAAGCGCGGGCUGGGCCAGAUGUCGACCACUGAUUGGGACAGCAUUCCGGAAAUCGGGGACUAUAGCUUACGGAACAAGAAGAAGCGGUUUGAGAGUUUUGUCCCUGUACCGGAUACGCUUUUAGAGAAGGCGCGGCAGGAGAAGGAGCACGUGUCGGCGCUAGAUCCGAAGGGGAAAGGGGCCGUUUUGGGCGGCACUGAAACGCCAUUCGCAUCGCAAACGCCCGUUACAGAUCUGACGGCUGUGGGCGAGGGACGCGGAACCGUGCUGAGCCUGAAACUGGACCGCCUCUCUGACAGUGUAACGGGUCAGACUGUAGUGGAUCCGAAGGGGUACUUAACGGAUCUUAAAUCCAUGCGUAUUACCUCGGACGCGGAAAUUUCGGAUAUUAAAAAGGCGCGCCUCCUCUUAAAGUCGGUGAUCCAGACAAACCCUAAGCACGCGCCCGGGUGGAUAGCAGCGGCGCGGCUGGAGGAACUUGCCGGAAAGCUUCAGGCCGCGAGGGGGUUUAUUCAAAGGGGUUGCCAGGAGUGCCCUAAGAACGAGGAUGUGUGGUUGGAAGCGUGUCGCCUUUCGUCUCCUGACGCGGCUCGAGCCGUGAUCGCGCGGGGAGUCAAGGAGAUCCCGACAUCUGUCAAGCUCUGGAUGCACGCCGCUCGGCUGGAGAAGGAUGACGUGGCAAAAUCCCGCGUUUUAAGGAAGGCCCUAGAGCACGUUCCGGACUCGGUUCGUCUCUGGAAAGCCGUGGUAGAACUAGCUAAAGAGGACGACGCGAGGAUUCUUUUGUCCCGGGCAGUUGAAUGCUGCCCGUUACACGUGGAGCUCUGGUUAGCACUGGCGCGUCUAGAGGUCUACGAAAACGCCAAGAGGGUUUUAAAUAAGGCUAGGGAGGCUUUGCCUACGGAACCGGCUAUCUGGAUUGCUGCUGCUAAGUUGGAAGAAGCGAAUGAUAAUGAAGGGAUGGUGGGGAAGAUAAUAGAGAGGGCAAUUCGGGGGUUGCAGAGGGAAGGGGUGGUGAUUGAUAGGGAAGCGUGGAUGAGGGAGGCUGAAGCAGCGGAGAGGGCAGGAUCGGUCACCACGUGUCGCGCUAUCAUUCGCUCGACGGUCGGUAUGGGGGUGGAGGAGGAGGAUCGGAAACGAACCUGGGUGGCAGACGCGGAGGAGUGUAUCAAAAGAGGCUCGGUGGAGACGGCUCGGGCGAUUUUCGCGCACGUGCUGACCGUUUUUCCGGGCAAGAAGUCGGUGUGGCGGCGGGCAGCCCAGCUGGAAAAAACGCACGGGACUCGCGAGUCAUUGGACGCGCUGCUUCGCCGGGCAGUCACGUACUGCCCGCAGGCCGAAGUUCUGUGGCUCAUGGGGGCAAAGGAAAAGUGGCUAGCAGGAGACGUUCCGGGGGCGCGAGCUAUUCUCGAGGAGGCCUACGCUGCAAUUCCGGAUUCUGAGGAAAUCUGGCUCGCUGCUUUUAAGCUAGAAUUUGAAAACAGAGAGCCGGAGCGGGCAAGGAGGCUGCUUGCAAAGGCUAGGGAGAUGGGAGGGACGGAGAGAGUUUGGAUGAAAUCGGCAAUUUUAGAGAGAGAGGUUGGGGAUGUGGAGGAGGAAAAGUUUUUGUUGGAGUCGGGGUUGCGGCUCUUUCCUGGGUUUCAUAAGCUCUGGCUCAUGCUCGGGCAGCUGGAGGCUCGGCAGGGCAGGACCGGGGCUGCCCGGGAAAUUUUCCAGCGCGGGCUGAAAAACUGCCCGGCAAGUAUUUUCCUCUGGCUGUGCGCGGCGAAGCUGGAGGAGGAUUUAGGUGCGGUGAGCAAGGCUCGGGCGAUUCUGGAACAGGCCCGGCACAAGAACCCGCAGACGCCGGAUCUCUGGCUGGCUGCGGUUCGGACGGAGGCUCGGGCUGGGAACAAGAAGGCCGCCGAAGCUACCUUAGCUAAGGCACUCCAGGAAUGUCCGAGCAGCGGGAGGUUAUGGGCAGAAGCAAUUGAAAUGGCACCGCGACCGCAACGGAAAUCCCGCAGCGUUGACGCUUUGAAGAAAUGCGAUCACGACGCUUAUGUGGUUGCUGCGGUGGCCCGUCUUUUCUGGGCGGAUCGGAAGGUCGACAAGGCUCGGAACUGGUUCGGCCGAGCCGUGACUCUAGCACCGGAAGUGGGGGAUUUCUGGGCACAGCUGUGGAGGUUUGAGAAGGCGCAUGGGAGUGAGGAGCAGAGGGGGGAGGUGGUGAGGAGGUGUGUGGCUGCUGAGCCGAGGUAUGGCGAGGCGUGGACGAGGGUGGCUAAGGCGGUGGAAAAUGCUCAUCUGUCAACCGAGGCGCUGUUGAAAAAGGUUGUGUUGGCGAUGGAUAGGGAGGAGGCGGCUAAGACAGCUUCUGGUGCUUCUUCUGGUGCUGCUGCUCCUGCUGCUGCUAACAGUGCUCCUGCGAUGGAGAAUGCUCAUCUGUCGACUGAAGCGCUGCUGAAAAAGGUUGUGUUGGCGAUGGAUAGGGAGGAGGCGGCUAAGACAGCUUCUGGUGCUUCUUCUCUUAGUGCUGCUUCUGGUGCUGCUGGUCCUGCUGCUGCAAACGGUGCUCUUGCAAAGCUCCCUCUCCCCAUCCCCCCUUCCUCUCCCCAUCCCCCCUUCCUCUCCCCAUCCCCCCUUCCUCUCCCCAUCCCCCCUUCCUCUCCCCAUCCCCCUUUCCUCUCCCCAUCCCCCCUUCCUCUCCCCAUCCCCCCUUCCUCUCCCCAUCCUCCCUUCCUCUCCCCAUCCUCCCUUCCUCUUCCCAUCCUCCCUUCCUCUCCCCAUCCUCCCUUCCUCUCCCCAUCCUCCCUUCCUCUCCCCAUCUCAUCCCCCCUCCCCCCCCCCUCCUCUCCCCCUUUAAAGGAACGGAGGCUCUUUGACGAGAGAUUUGAGCGGAGGCUGUUCGACGGAAAAUUCGAGCGGAGGCUAUUUGAUGAGAAAUUCGUUAGAGUGGAUCCGAGGAGACUGUGCGAGCUGACGUCAGCGGCGGAUGUGCUUCAAAUGAAGCCUCUGGUGGACCUCACGAGCAGAGCACUGGCGCGGCUAAUAGAGGGCAAGUCGCCUGAAGAGAUUAGGGAGACGUUUCACCUUCCGGACGACCUCACAGAGGAGGAGAAGCUGGAGCCAGUAAGGAGUGGCACAGAUGACCCUCGCAUUCGGCUGCUGAACCGGCUGUAUGCGAAGAAGAGGAAGGACCUCCUGAGGAAAAAGGAGCACUCACACUCGAGCUCUCACUCUGUAGAAGACGAGAACGGGGACGAGGAAGGAGGAGGAGGGAAGGCUCGAGACGGGGAAAGGGGAAGCAGAGAGAAGGAGGCAGGAAGGAGUGGGGAGAAGGAGAGGGAGGGGAAGAGCAGGGAGAAUGGAGGGGCACGGGAGUCGACGCACAGGCACCACAAGGAACGAUUGGUGGAUGAGAGAUCGGUUGACGACCUUCUAUCGUUCAUCCAUGGGGGAGGUGAGUGUAAGGGCUUCGGGGUUUGA